GAGGUCCCAGAGAGAAUUACAACUUGUUGCCAUUACCUCUUCAUACCGAAUUUGCAAAUUGUCAUUCAAGUACCGACUUUAGGGUAACAGCCUACCGGUAGGAUACUUCAUUUACUACUGUAUACCGCCACCCUCUGGAUGGGUAACUUUUUGGACAACACAAGAAAAGAGUUGAUGUACUUUUUGGAAAGAAGUCAGACGUAUUUCCACUGGAAAGCCCUUGGAGGGAUGCUGUUCAUAACAACAUGGAAACAAGAUAUGUCUCAGUCAUUGUGCUUCUAAGUGUCUUCUGUUGUUGGACUUACAGCCAAGAACUAAAUCCCAGCGGCAGAAAUGUAUGCAAAACUGGAUCUGACAGGCUCCAAUGCUGUAGUGGCUGGGCACAGCAAGGAGAUGAGUGCUUAAUACCAAUUUGUGAGGGUAACUUCACCUGCAAAGAGAAUGAAGUUUGUGUGCGACCCCACGAAUGCCGCUGUCGUCAUGGUUAUUUUGGAGCCACUUGUGAUAUGAAAUGUCCGUUCAAGUUCUGGGGGCCUGACUGCAAGGGUAAGUGUGAUUGCCAUCCCAACGGGAGGUGCGAUGAUGUCACUGGGGCCUGCACCUGUAACCCUGAUCGCUGGGGGCCAAACUGUGAGCGAGCCUGCGGCUGCCAGAAGGGCCAAUGCAACCAGGAGACAGGCGCUUGUACGUGCUACACAGGCUAUUGGGGCCCUCAGUGCUCUAACAACUGUUUCUGCAGAGUAAACUCUAUGUGUGAUGUGGGAACAGGCCAGUGCCACUGCAAUCCUGGCUGGUAUGGGAGGAACUGCGGUGCCAAGUGUGCCUGCAACGCCUCUCCAUGUGACCAGCUCAGCGGCCGCUGCAAGUGUCGAGAGCGUCUGUGGGGUACUCACUGCGAGCACAAGUGCCAGUGUCUCUAUGGACGCUGUAACCCGGCGGAUGGAUCGUGCACCUGCAAGCCAGGAUUCAGAGGGAAGUUCUGCAGGGAGACGUGUCCAGCUGGAUUCUACGGACAAAAUUGCAGAAACAGGUGUGGUCACUGCAAAGGCCAGCAGCCCUGCAUGGUGGCAGAGGGACAUUGCAUCGCAUGUGAAAGCGGUUGGAAUGGCACAAGGUGUGACCAGACGUGUACUCCUGGGUUCUUUGGUGAAAACUGCAAGGACGUUUGCCCAUCCUGUAAAGACGGACACUUCUGCAACCGCAUCAAUGGCAAAUGCCCCCACUGCAACCCUGGAUGGAUGGGUGAUCGAUGUGAGGUCAAGUGCCCAAAUGGAACCUAUGGAGAGAACUGUGUCAAUGACUGCAACAGCUGCUUCAAUGGGAUGUGUCACUUCGCCACAGGAAAUUGUCUCUGUAAUCCUGGCUUCUCUGGUGCCUACUGUAAUGUGAGCUGUUCAGCGGGUCAGUAUGGGCUUAACUGUACCCAGACCUGUUCCUGCCAUGACAACAACUGCAACAUAGUGACUGGAGCAUGCAACCUACAGCCUAACCAGAGGAUGGGUGUGAUGGCAGCAGGGGUGCUGGUCACCUGUCUCCUGCUCCUCUCCUUGCUGUGUUGCUGCUGUGUCUGCAGACAGAAUGACCCUGAGAAAAGGUCCAAAAGAAGACUAUGUGGAGGGUUCACACGAAUCAGCUCUAAACUUCCUCGUAUCCCACUGAGACGGCAGAAGCUACCCAAAGUUGUUGUGUCCCACCAUGACCCUGAGAAUACUUUCAACUGUAGUUUCAUUGAGCCCCCCUCUGCAGUGGAGCAACCCACCGCCUCCGGGUCAUCCAGAGCGUCCUUCUCUUCCGUAGAGACCACAGAGGAUGGACAUGUCUAUGCUGUGCCUGACGAGAACAAAAAGAAAGGGGACAGAAUCAACACAACAGAAACUACAGUACUAGCUGAUGAUGAUGUCUCUGAGGUAGACACAUUGCCAGAGGACAGGGAUAUGACUGAGCAGGCUUCAGUUAACACCAGUGAGCUGCCACUCCAGAAGUCAUCAGAGAGUGAGGGCUCCUGCAGUGGCACAGAGUCAGCCACCAGCACCCUCUGCCUCAGGGUGUCUGCCCCUCAGCCACCACAGCAGUCCAGCAAGGAGCCAGAGAACAAUGGAGGGUCAAACAACGUCAAAUAUAAUGGAAAGCCUAUAGCUGCUGAGAGGAUUAAACCACAGCCACCAGACCCCUCCACCAAGCCCAAGCUCUCCUGGAUCCAUGCAUCUCCUGGGCCAAAUCAGAAUCAGAUAAGUCAGGAAGAGACUGUGGCUGAGGAUAACAUUUGUUCCAGAAAGAAAGCCAGCAAGCAGCGAGCUCCCAACGCCCCAGAGUCUGCAGGUACAGAUGGGGCCAGCUCCCUAGGUGAGAAGAAGCCUAAUAAAAGCAGACCAGGUCUGUUGCAGAUAGAGCACAUCAAUGGGGCAGUGCAGAGUGUCCUGAGGAAAAUGGGCAAUUUCCGUGUUGACCGGAAAGCUGCAAUCCCGAAAGAGUCCCCAGAGAAGAGGCCCAGCUUAUCCCUAAACAGGGAGGUUAACCAACCGAACAUACACUCUGAGGUAGCCUCCCUCUUAACUGCUCAGCUGAAGGAGAAGACUCAGAGUCUGAACAGGAGCGAGAACGGCAGCUGUGAGGAGAGCCUGUCUCACCUCCAGGUCCAGAGAAAGAAGCCCACCCCGCCCCAAAAGACCUCGGGCACCCAGCCUGGAGCUGGAAAGGAUUUGCUUCCCACAUCCGACAGCUCACAGAAGCCUCUGCCAGAUAGUCCAUCUAAAGAAGCCAAAUACCAAGAGAAACAAGACUCUAACAACUCUGAAAGCAGCUCAGAUAAGGGAGAGCCCAAAAAUAAGACCCCAAUGAAAAAGCCUCCUCGGAAAAAGAGCAAGGAAGGUAAUGUAGAGUCAAAAAUACAGACUACUGCUCCAAAGGUUGCAGUGAUGCCACCAAAGGCUGCAAAUUAGCACAGCCAGUCUGGAUGUUUCUCAAUUCUGGAAAAACAAUGACGCACAUGUUGUGAUGCUUGAAAUAAUUUAUUGGACACAUGUUUCAUUGUGUUUAGCACCAAAUCGAAUAACGAUGGAAUCUUUUCCCUUGGGUGGAUGUUUUUGAUCUUGAGAAACGUUAUUAUACAAUGCAGUAUUCUUUAUAUUUUAACUUUUUAUAUUCCUUCACUUUAGUUAUUGUAAAAUCAAUAUAUUAGUAAAAGUGCUAAGACAUCAGAAUAA